AUGGAUCUCAAGCCCGAAAAUCUGGUCGUCUCGGGAAAAGACGGCGUUUACAAAGAAAUCAAAAUCAUUGAUUUUGGACUGGCGCGGAAAAUCGCGCCCGAUGAGAAUUUCUGCUGCAUGAAUGGAACGCGCGGUUACAUGGCGCCCGAGCAGCUUAAUUUUGAUAGAAUUUCAGACCGGACGGACAUGUGGGCUGUUGGAUGCCUGACCUACGAAAUGCUAUCUGGAUACAUGGCGUUUGAGUUCGAAACCGACCUAGAAUUUGUCCAAAAAGUAACAAAGAUGGACUGGACGUUUGAACUUGGGGAUGAGAAUCCUUUCGAUGACAUAACUGAUGAAGGAAAGAAUUUUAUAAAAGAGCUGUUGGUCAAGCAUCCCGAUCAACGAAUGUCCGCUUCUGAUGCUCUAGCUCAUCCUUGGAUAACUGGCGAAAGUGGAGAUAAGAAAGACGAUGUUACGAAGCAUGAACUCAUGGAAACGAUCGAUAGAGUCAUCUCAAAAAUGUCAAAUUUUCAAGCGCGCAAAUCAUCACAGCAUACUAAAGUCAAACUUCUAGUGGGAGUUAGACAGAAACUGAGAAAGGUUCAAGCAAGAAGAAGAUGGAAGAAAGCGAUCAAAACGGUCAGAGCUACAGUUCGAAUACGCCUUAUUCUUCGGGGCAGUCAGGCGAAACUUGAAGUACCAAAAGAACUCGAAAACGAAAUUUUACGGAAGAUCAUCCACAACUGGGUUGGCACAGAUUUCGAUAUUGAGGCAGAAAUGCGGGAUAUUUACUGUGAAAUGUUAGACAACGCGGAAUAA